UUUGUUCUUGUGCGGGUUUCCCAGAACUCCUGAUGAGUUGCUCCCUCUUUCUUCACCCUUUCUCUUUCCUCUGUGAAUAUGCCGGUGCUCUCUCCUCUUAAUUUUCUUCGAUCUCUCCUCUUCAUUUUCUUCCAUUUUUUUUUAUCUCCACGUACUUUCCAGAUUAUUCUGUCUUCUACGGAUGUGAAGAUCAGAAAUUGAAGAAAAGAAUGUGCUAUGGAUUGCGAUUGCCGGAGUUUUCUCUCCUCCUCCAGCUUGCAAUCAACACUCUCACUUCGUCUUCUUCCUCCCUGCUGUUAAUUUAUGUGGAUGCGUAGGAGAUGAACAAUCUUGCGAUUCCAGAACCAAGGGCUUUUCCAUGUAUUGCUUUAGGGAAAGGCCAUUGGAUGUUACCCAUGCUCAUGCUUUUGUUCAGGCUCUGCUGGGAAUUUAUCAUUUGCUUCAUCCUCAAUAUCCGGCCUUGUAGGAUAUGUCAAGGCUUGGGAAUUGCCACUUGUAAAUCUGUAAUGCUGUUGUAUAUCAAGCUCCUACUUUUUCUUCAGCAAGCUGUUAUUCAGCUUCUGUGUGGCAUGACAACAGUAAAGACUGCAUUGUGCUAAAGAUAAUCCGUGUUCUUCCACAUGCUGUUCUCAGCAGUCAAGCAAAAGCCAUCUCUCCUACAUGUGAACUUGCAAUUGCAGAAAGGUCCUGGUGUUUUUACCCCAUAUCGGUGAGCGAGUUUGUUCAAAUUGACUUUGACAAGGGAGGCACCACUACUUGCAGGAGAUCUGAGGUUUCUAAUAAAUCCUUCCAUUUAACUCAGGUGCAUUGGAACCAUAUCGAUGAAAAUGGAGUCUGCCAGGAAGAAGCAUGGUUUGAUUCAGUGAGCAUACUAGAAUCUGAAUCUGAUGAUGAUUUUAUCAGUGUUUUCGGAGAUGGAAAAAUACUCAACCUGUCAAACCUGUGGUCAGGUGCACACAUGUUACGUCCCCAAGCAGGAUUGCUCAUUCCCUGUGCAAAUGGUGAUGAGAAGGCAUUACCAGGCUCUUGGUCUGCAAUUUCACCCUCCGUUUUUAGGGUCCGGGGGGAGACUUUCUUCAACGAUGGUGAAGGCAUAAGUCUGGUGCUGUAUUUCAAGCUAUCUGACAAAAUCGACCAAGAAAUUCCAUCAGACUUCAUAGACAGCAUCAAGAUGGUGCAAACUCCUCUUCGUGUUGCUGCUGGCUACAAUGAUGUUGAGAUUGUUGAAGUUUUGCUGAAAUGGAUGGGAUUGGAGAAGGUUGAGCCGGAAGCAAGGAAUAUGUCUGGGGAGACUCCAUUACACAUGGCCGUGAGAAGAAUGACUGCAAUGAAGUUGUUAAGCUGCUUCUUUCUCAUGGUACUUCUGUGGAGGCCAAGGCUAAUGUUAUUUUCACUGAUGAUUCGAGAUAUCGACAGCAAGGAUAAACAUCUAGAAGAAAGUUGUACAGGAAGUUCUGAAGAAAAUAGCUGAUGGGUGGCGUACCAACUCUAAGGAAGCAACAGGUUUCUGCUUACGGCGUAGUAGCUGAAUUGUUGGAGCAAUACCCGGUUGAUGGAAAUUUUACCUU